CAGAAUGAGUAUGUCAGGUUUGGGAACAAACGCGAGAUUUUUGUAGAAUUAUUAUCUAACAUGCAUGUAAUAUUUAUAUUAUUAUGACGUGCUGGUAAUGUACAUAUAGACGAGUGUAGCCUGGCGGGAGAGGUUUUGUUUUAGGCUUGUUUUAGCUCUACACCCGGCAUGUUGUUUACACAUGUGGUCAUUUCCGUGUUUCGACACUUAAACAGAUUGUUUUUCGGUUCUCUAGAGAUCUAAAAAAACAAACAAACAAACAAAAAAAACCACUCUCACGGAGAUGGAGUGCAGCGAGGCUCCGGUGUUCACCUUCGGCUUGAUCGCUGAUAUUCAGUACGCCGAUUUAAAGGACGGUCAUAAUUUCCACGGCACCCGGAAGCGUUACUACAGAAACAGCCUGCACCUGCUGAGGAACGCGAUCAGGCACUGGAACGACGAGGAGGUGAAACCCGGCUUCAUCCUGCAGCUCGGAGACAUCAUCGACGGCUUCAACAGCAGCCACGGGGCAUCAGACAAAGCCCUGAACAAGGUGAUGGAUGAGUUCAGGAGCUGCUCUGCUCAGGUUCAUCAUGUCUGGGGCAACCAUGAGUUCUACAACUUCACCAGGAGUGCCCUGUUCUCUUCUCCGCUCAACACUGAGGUCAAAGGGGAAGAGGAGAACGAGAACACCAUGAAGGAGAUCUACGCUUAUCAUUUCAGCCCCGCUCACAAGUUCAGAUUUGUUAUCCUGGACGCCUAUGAUCUGAGUAUCAUCGGCCGGGAGGAGGCGUGUGAGAAGUACAGGCAAUCGUUUGACAUCAUCAGGGAGCACAAUCCUAAUGAGGAACUUAAUCAGCCUCCAGGCUUAUAUCCGAUGGACGGACGAUUUGUGAAGUUCAACGGAGGAUUUAGCCAAGAACAGCUCAACUGGCUGGAUAAAGUGUUGACCAGUGCUGAUGAGAAAGACGAAAAAGUCACGGUUGUGAGUCACCUUCCUGUUCAUCCCUUUUCCACUGACUUCGUAUGUCUCGCAUGGAACUUCGAUGUCAUUCUUUCUCUUCUGCAGUCUCACAAGAGCGUGGUGUGUUUCAUGGCUGGACACGACCACGACGGAGGUUAUUGUGUAGAUCCGGUCGGUAUUCACCACCUCACGGUUGAGGGUGUUAUCGAGACGCCUCCAGACUGUGAUGCUUUUGGCACUGUGUACGUAUAUGAGGAUAAGAUGAUCCUCAGAGGUCAUGGGAGGAUAAAGGACAGAGUGCUUAUGUAUCGAUGAGGAAGGAGAUAUUUAGUAUACAUAGUGUAUAUGUAGCAGAAAUUCAUUGCCUGGCCAAAAAAAGACCCACGGUCUAUUAUUGUGUUUCACCACCCUUAGCUUCAAUUAUGGUACAUAAUUUACCCAUCCCUAGCAAACUGGAGCCUUUUUUUUUUUUAAUAACCCUCACUAACCAGUGUUUUUUUUAUGGCCACACAGCUGUUUAGUCCCAAUUCUGGGAGGUUCCAUCACACUGUGUGUGUGUGUGUGUGUGUGUUUGGGGGGUGUUUGUGUGUGUCACUUAUUGUGAUUGUGAUUUAAACCGUGAUGCAUUCAUGUGUAAAAGCCUCUAUAAUUUGUCUUCAUUUUGUGUAAAAACUAUAAAAAUCAUCAUCUUAUUAUUAGGAAAAUACAGUGCUGAUAAUAUUUGAUAAAAUAUUUGCGACUACAAGUGAAAUUUAACUCUGCUUUUCAAAAAAUGUGGCUAAUUGCAGUUCAUUCAUGAUUUAGCAAGGAGGGGCAGGUUUGGAAAGCUUUUUCUCGUUAAUAAAUGAAAUCAUAAUUUUUUUACUCGGGUCAUCUUUCUGUAGUGUUAAAAUGAGUUUGAUGAUCCAAGUUAUUUAAAUGUGACAAAUAUGAAGAAAAAAAAAUCAUCAAACAUAUAACUGAUUUUUACAGUGCCAUUAUUUAUUUAACAAAAAUUAAGCCACAAAAAAUAAUAAUCAUCAUGUGGGCAAUACUAAGUCCUCCCAUGAUUUUAAUAGCCUAUAGAUGCAUAUUUAGCAGCAAUAAAUUGAAGUAAUCGGUUCCUUUAUGACUAUCAGUCUCUCGCAGGGUUUUGGCACAUUCUUCUUUACAUCAUUGCUUCAGUUCAUUGAGAUUUUUGGGCAUUUGGUUAUGCACAGCUCUCUUAAGGUCUCACCACAGCAUUUCAGAUGGGUUAAGGUCUGGACUUUGACUAGGGCUUUCCAAAGCCUAAUAAACCUUGAUUAGUUUAUUUUUUAGCCAUUCUGACAGUGAUUUAUUGGUGUGCUUCGGAUCAUUGUCCUGUUACAUGACUGAUUUUCAACCAAGCUUUAGCUGUCAGACAGAUUACUUCACACUUGCUCCUGGAAUACUGAGGAAUACAGAGGACUUCAUAGUCGACUCAAUGACUGCAACAGUGCCCAGAUCCUGUGGCUGCAAAACAAGCCCAAAUCAUCACCCUUCCACUGCUGUGCUUGACAGUGUGUCUGGAUAAGAGCGUCUGCCAAAUGCCAAAUGCCUAAAUGUAUGAAGUCUUUCUGCUGAAAUGCUGUUUGGUUUUUGCAAAAAAUGACGCUGGACAUUAAGGCCAAACAACUCCACUUUAUCAUCUGUCCAUAGGACGUUGUUCCGGAGGUCUUGUGGCUUGCUCAGUUUUGCAAACCUCAGUCAUGCUUUUAUGUUCUUUUUGAACGGAAGAGGUUUCCGCUGGCAACCCUUUCAAGCACUUUUAGGGCGAAUAUGCUGGGACGUCCACUCUUUGGAAGAUUGGGAACUGCCUCAAAUGCUUUCCACUUGUGAAUAAUCUUUCUCACUGUAAAAUUUUUAACUCCAAAUUGUUUUGAAAUGGUUUUAUAACCCUUUCCAGAUUGAUGUUCAGCAACAGUUGCUUCUCUAAGACCAGUGGUUAUGUCUUUCCCUGAUGGCAUUGUGGUAACACACACUUGAAUGCUCCAGCAAAAAGAUCAGAAAGCUUCCAAAACUUCUGCCUUUAUAAAGGUCUGCACACCUGCUCAUGAUCAGUUAAUCAAGGGCUGAUGAUUAGCAGCACCUGGCCACAACUUACCCUUUUAAAUCACAUGGAGCAGAAAGGGCUACUUACUAGUGCCCUCAUGUCCUUUGUUCCUUUUUGGCUUCAUUUUUAUUAACUUAAUAAUGAGACUGUAAAAAACAAAAAAACAUUAGUCUUAAUGAUUUUUAUUAUAUUUUUACACAAAAAAGACGCUGCACUAACUUUAACAUAUGACUGUGUGUAACUAUUAAAUGUAUCAUAUUUAAACAUAUUUAUUUAGGUCAAAUGAUGGCACAAAUGAUCACAUUAAGAGGAUGCUUUCCAAUAUUUAUUUAGCACCUUAAAUUGUAUUUUGAAAUAAUAUACAAAUAAUUAAAUUAUCGACAAACACUAUGUGAAUUCCUGACUUUGUGUGUAUUACCUCUAAUAGAUGCAGUCUAUUUCGAUUAUAUGAUUGUACAAAUAUAAUUUCUAUGCAGCACUUUUUUUAAAUGACGCACUUACAUCAAAGCGUCUAAGUGAAGUUGACUGUUCAGUAUUAUCCUUUAAUUUUUAAAAUGUAGUUGUUUUCUUUGCUUUUAUGCAGGUCCUUCUACACUGGUGAUGUUUUUUUUUUCUGGCCAGGCAAUGUAUAUUUCUGUAUACAAUAUUUAUUCAACUGACAUUAAAUCACAUAUUUAACUGACAUCAAAUAUAUUGUAACAAAUUAUUUAUUGUGCAGGAAAAAAAUACAAAUGUAUAUUUUUAUAGGUGUGAAUAUCAAAUUAUGUGAAUAAUACAAAAAUGAAAUAGAAUAUUUUAUUAAAAUAUUUUAAUAAAAUAAAACUGUCUACAUGA